AUGGGCAACAACCUCUCCCUCUCGGAACCCUUUGCCGAUACUUCGGGCGCCCUCCUCUCCCCUGAGGACCGCUUGAACAGCAUCAUCCUGGGCGUCGCCUGGAUUGGCUCUCUCUACGGCAUCGGCAUGAUCUGGUGUGCCGUCGAACUGAUCAAGCGCUGGGCUGGCCCUCACGGAGAAAGGGACAUAGGCCCAGUUUCCAUAUGUGCGGCACUUUUGUUGUCAACAGGAUGGCCCGUUCUCAUACUCUAUCUGAUGAGGCAGGAGAGGUAG